UUAACUAUUCAGUUGUCAUUGUAUUGCAUUCUCUUACGUUUCACACAACAUAAUAAUCGAAGUAGAUAAGAAUUUGUCAUUUUUUAAAAACAAUAAUCAAAUGUUGUGCGUUACCAGGGUGACCGGGGUAAACUACCAAGUGUGCUGCUAGGCUAGCUAAACUAUGCUCGAGUUAAACUACUGGCCUUUUAUUGUCCAUAAAUACAGCUAGUAAACUUCAACACGUUCCGUGAAGACACUGCUCACAGACCACCAGGAUGCCGGUUCCUUUGUCUGGGGUAGAGCUGCUCGGACUGUGUACAGUGCUCCAGGACUGUGCUGCACAGCUGUCAGUGCUGGGUCACAUCAUGCCCGACACCCACAGAGGUCGUCCAGAAGCUGAUAAGUUUGUGUCAGCUGACAUUGGACAGGUCCUUGAACAGCAGAAAGGGGCAGAGCAGAACCUGAAAGCAGCCCGUCAGUUUGAGAGAGAGUCUGGGAGACUGUCAGAUGCCACCCGCGAGCUGCACAGAUCCCAGAAGGAACUGAACCGCACACUAGAGGAGAAUCCACUGUCCCCUGACAACCUGGCCAAGGUGCAGAGAGACCGUCAGUUUGUGGCUCACGUGAUUGCUGAUGUGUUGGCAGAGCUGCAAGAGAGAGGGACCUUUCACAGCUUGCUUUUCGCUGUGGGAGAAGAGAAAAGAAGGAAGGCCAACCUCCUGGACAUAAUAAUCAGGGAGGAGGGCGGCCGGCGGAAGACCAAAGCUCUUCAGAGACAGCUGCUUGACAUCCGCAAGGAAAAAACUCUGGAGCUGCAGCGACGCGAGGAGAUGACUGCCCACCUGAAAGACCAACUACAGGAGAUGAAGGCUAAGACUGGCCUGGAGAGGAAGUAUGUGAAGAGCAGCGCGGAGCUGCUGGUGUACCAGGGACAGAAGAUCAACACACACUCUGAGAAGCAGCUGGAGGAUGAGAUCAGGCAGGAGAGGUUGGAGGAGGAGAGGAGAGUUCAUAUGGAGAUGGAGACUUUCCUCAAGGAACAUCAGACAAGUCUGGGGGAGAAGCUGGAGGUGUGGAUGGAGCGCUAUGAGAGAGACAUGGAGGAUAAGCAGCAGGAGCUUAACAGCCUGAGGAACAACAAAGCUAACAAUCUCUCCCAGCUCCAGGAGCUGGCCAAGAAGUAUAGAGACAGUGAGCAGGUGGUCAUCGAGGACAGGAUGGAGAAAGAGGCCCUACGCAGGAAGCUGGAGAAGGAACACAUGGAGCGAGACGCAGCCACCAAGAUCCAGUCGUGGUGGAGGGGAACGUUAGUGCGACGCGGCCUGGGACCCUAUAAGAAAGGCAAGAAGCCCAAGGAGGGCAAGAAGGGAAAGAAGAAAAAGUGAGGUGUCCCUUCAAGAGCUCCAAAAAGUCUCAAUACAGACAUGUUACUUUUCAUCAAUGUUCAAUUCCUGAUUACAGACAAUCUAAGUCGACACUUGGCCUGUAGGCAAAUAUAUAUUCAAUGAGAAAAGCUUUUUUCCCCUCUUUAACAGAGUAAAGUUGGCAUGGUCAUUUUGAAUACUACUACCACCAUUGCAAGGUUCUUACUUAUAUGCAGUCUAACACAAGGGCAAGAAUGGUAAUAAACAAGCGUACUCAUGAGA